GAGCGCAAGAUUUGCAGUUAGUUCAGUGUUUGCAAAUAGAGACUAGGGAAGAACAGGGCUGUUUGCAAGUCUCUGGACGGCGGAGCGGAACGCUAUUUUAAUUGCUGUGCAAUUACUGAUGCGAAAACAUCGUGAUUAACAGGGACUACUUGAUUUAAGGACAGAAUUUAAAUAUAUAUUUUUACACGUAUUUCUUUCAUAGACGUCUGUUGGGGAAUUCACGGAAAACGCGCAAUGGAUGUCUUACCAAUGUGCAGCAUAUUUCAGGAGCUUCAAAUUGUUCAUGACACGGGCUACUUUUCAGCAUUGCCGUCUCUUGAAGAAUAUUGGCAGCAGACCUGCUUGGAGUUGGAAAGGUACCUUCAAAGUGAACCUUACGUGUCCACCUCCGAUAUUAAAUUUGAAAGCCAAGAGGACCUGUGGAGCAAACUUAUUUUAGCAUGUGGGGAAAAAGAAGACUCGGACCCUAAGAUUCCAGAAGUGAAGGAAGAGGACAGUGGAGAUAACCAAAAUGCAGAGACCAACAGUAUAAACUCCGAUGCCAGCAGCGAGUCCUCUGAUAGUUCAGAGGAGCUCUCGCCAACUAUUAACUUUACCUCUAACCCUUUAAGUGAUGUUUUGGCAAAUUCUGGACAUUUAAGCUCUUCAGUUAUAACUACUCCUCCAUCCUCUCCGGAGUUAAGCAAAGAGCCAAAUGGCAUUCAGGUGUGGAAUAGCCUUCAAACAGAGUUGCACUCACCUGGAAAAAUACGGUCAACUAGCAUUGGAAAGACUUUAGACAAGACCAUUUCAGUGAAUGGGGAAAAUUCCCCGGACGGUAGAAAAAGGGUGCACAGGUGUCAUUUUAAUGGCUGCCGGGAGGGUUACACAAAAAGUUCUCAUCUUAAAGCACAUCAGCGCACACAUACAGGUGAAAAGCCUUAUCGCUGCUCUUGGGAAGGUUGUGUUUGGCGUUUUGCACGAAGUGAUGAAUUAACAAGACACUUCAGAAAGCACACUGGUGCAAAGCCAUUUAAAUGCAGUCACUGUGACAGGUGUUUCUCAAGGUCUGAUCACUUGGCGCUUCACAUGAAGAGACACCUUUGAGGGAAGUAAGAAGCAAAGGGGAGACUCUUGUCUGCUGUUCAGCUUCAAGGUUCAACUGCCCUGAGGAAGCGGGGUGUGUGUUCCAGCCAAAGCAUGCCAUUUUGCACCAUGCCCAGUGCCUCCAGAACUUCUUCAAGAAACUGUUCUGAAGGCUAAUACAAAAUCAUGAAUGAAGCGAAAGCAAAGCAGAAUAUAAAACAAACAUACUCAAAUAGACAAAACAAAAAAACAAAAAAAAGUGGUGCGUGAUGAAUGGAGGUUUCCUGGACACAUACAUUGGUACUUAAAACCUGUUUUGCUGGGAAAGGCCUCAACCGUGAGCAUGUACACGAAAGAUGGGUGACUGUACUGUGUGCGCGCUGAAGAGACAAUGUGCUUUUUGGCCUGGAUGAGAAGGAGGAACGAUUUCUGUUUUAGUUUUCUUGUGGUUGUGUGUAAGAACUAUGAGAAAGUGGGUCUGAGUGCUUGAUGCGUGGAGGAAUGAGCCUGGAUACGGGUUUGCUUCCCAGAGAUCUCUUCCCGUAGGCCGGAAAUCCUCUACAGUGUGAGGUCACGGCCUGUUCAGCAAGGGGAGAAUUGGCAACCGUUCCUGAAUGAGAGGAGCUUUUUUGGUGUUUGGUGCAGCUAAUAAAUGUGCAAUGUGUUAAGUAGCCUGUUUUACAUGCUACAGAGCUCAUUUGUAAUCCGUUGUAUAAGCUGUGUAUUUAGAAAUAUAACACAACUAUAACUUCUUCAGUAUAAUAGACAGGUGUUGCAUGGUUCUAGGGUUUGUACACUUCCUGUUCUGUGUAAUCAGGACUGCAAAUUGAUUCCAAUAAAGAGCAGCUAAAUACAAUUGGGUAAAUGUUACAAUAUUGUACAUAAAGCCUUGAUCAUAUUUCUUCUUUUUUGGUUGGAAAAACCACUAUUGCUUAGCAACUGAUUUACUCAUGCAGCUAUUUUUUCACUUAUUUAUGCCUUGAGGACUAAUUUCUUCUUUUUUUCCUACCUGUUAAUGCACUGUUGACCUUAAUGGUGCCUUAUGCAAGUGACCUUGUCCUGUGGGAAAGCAUAUUCACAAGGGGGUAUGGGUGUGACACGUUUUAUUAAGGCUCUUUUUCACUUGAUGUCAUAGUUCAUGAAAAAGCAACCAUGUGCCAUCAGCCUUGUUUGCUUUAUAUGGUGUCCUUUUGUUUGUAUAAAUUGCUUAAUGUCUAGCUUAUAUUGAUGACCAUUCUUACAACGUCUAGCAAUUUUUUAUUUCUGAUCUAAUGCUAAUGUAACAUGGAGAAAAUCAUGACCUAAGAAAAGUAAUACAUUAGAUUGUAAGAGCACUUAACACUUUCUUUUAAUGUAUUUACUACUGUGUAGUAUAUACUGUGUAUAUAGUUAAUAGGCGGUUUUGUGUGAAAAUAUUCUAGAUUUAAAAAAAAAAAAAAAAA